CCCUCCACAGAUCCCAGGGAAAGAGGAGAGGGAGCCCGGGAGGAAUGCGCUGGGCAUCGAUUCAGCCCGUCGAUCAGAGGGAUGCCAAGAGGGACAGGUCCCCUCGUUUGCCACAGAAGAUUUAUGCUAACAGUUAAGGCACCGACUCUUUUUUUUUUUUUUCUUUCCGUUUUUCCCCAGUUGCUAUAGAAAUUGCUGUGUGUAUCGAUUGUGUUUUGUUCCCAUUCUCGUGAAUUUUAGAUCAGGGUUUUCUGCCUUGAUACAUCAACUUUUUCCUUGUCGUGCUGCAGUAGAGUUUGCUUGACUCAACUCAGUAUCUGGAAGGACUGGUUUACCUGGAAUCCAGAUAGUGUGAUUUUCACCAUGCUGUCAAAUGCAUGGGGGAAAUUGUAUUUUUAUUGGAAUUAAUAUAGUGCUCUUCAUCAGACAACUGUUCCCAUCCCUUCCCCCCUCUCCUUUUGGGAUUGAGCAAAACCUCCAGAGGGUAUUCAGAGAGUGACGGUGUAAUCAAUCACAGGUGUUGCUACAGCUGAGGAAGUGGAAAGACUGGCUGCAAUGCGUUCAGAUUCCCUAGUACCUGGGACUCACACGCCUCCCAUCAGAAGAAGAAGCAAAUUUGCCACUCUAGGAAGGCUUUUUAAGCCAUGGAAAUGGAGGAAGAAGAAGAGUGAAAAAUUUAAGCACACUUCAGCAGCUUUGGAAAGAAAAAUAUCAAUGAGGCAAAGCAGAGAGGAGCUUAUAAAACGAGGAGUGCUGAAAGAAAUUUUUGAUAAAGAUGGGGAACUUUCCAUACCAAAUGAAGAAGGAGCUUUGGAGAAUGGGCAGCCUCUGGGCUCCGGACAAGUGCUGAGCUCCAGCCAGGUCUCCCUGCCAGCCCUAGCAGAACUGGAGUCAGGUCCAGCAUCUGGGGAACCCUGCUCGUACGAGGUGCUCCCGACCACAGAGAUCAUGGAUGGGACAGCGUCUGAAGACAGUCCCACAUCCAAUGAAUCCGGCGUCCUCCUGUCCCAAGAUCCUACAGCUAAGCCAGUCCUGCUACUUCCCCCCAAAAAAUCUGCCGCUUUCCCUGGAGACCAUGAGGACACCCCAGUGAAACAGUUGUCCCUCCUCAAACAGCCCCCUGCCCUGCCUCCUAAACCUAUUGCCAGGAUUGCCAGCCACUUAACUGAUCCUGGCGCUCCUGUGAAACUGCCUUGUAUGCCAGUUAAACUGUCACCUCCACUACCUCCAAAGAAAGUCAUGAUUUGCAUGCCUUUAGGGGGGCCAGACCUCUCUCUCUCAUCCUAUUCCACGCAGAAGAGCUCCCAGCAGCCUUUGACCCAGCACCAUCACACUGUCCUGCCAUCCCAGUUAGCAGCUCACCAGCACCAGCUCCAGUACGGCAGCCACAGCCAGCACCUGCCUUCUGGGUCCAGCACGUUGCCCAUUCACCCUUCAGGGUGUCGGAUGAUAGAGGAACUGAACAAAACGCUAGCCAUGACCAUGCAAAGGCUAGAAAGCUCUGGUCUACAUACAGGUGACAGUGUUACAAAAACAGGACCUGGGGGCCUUCCAGACAUGAGACAAGUGCCAACUGUUGUGAUCGAAUGCGAUGACAAUAAAGAAAAUGUGCCUCAUGAAACCGACUAUGAAGAUUCUUCCUGCCUCUACACAAGACAAGAAGAGGAGGAAGAGGAAGAUGAAGAUGAGGAUAACUCAUUAUUUACAAGCUCCUUGGCAAUGAAAGUCUGCAGGAAGGACUCUUUAGCAAUCAAGCUAAGCAACAGGCCUUCUAAGCGAGAGCUGGAGGAAAAGAAUAUCCUUCCCAUGCAGACUGAUGAAGAGAGGCUCGAACUUAGGCAGCAGAUUGGGACAAAAUUAACAAGGCGACUGAGCCAGAGGCCAACUGCUGAAGAAUUGGAGCAGAGAAACAUACUGAAACCCCGGAAUGAGCAAGAGGAGCAGGAGGAAAAACGAGAGAUAAAGAGAAGAUUAACACGUAAGCUGAGCCAAAGGCCCACGGUAGAAGAGCUACGUGAGAGGAAGAUCCUCAUCCGCUUCAGUGACUAUGUAGAAGUGGCAGACGCGCAGGACUACGACAGGAGGGCGGACAAACCCUGGACACGACUCACAGCUGCUGACAAAGCAGCCAUCCGGAAAGAGCUUAAUGAAUUUAAAAGCACUGAAAUGGAAGUUCAUGAAUUAAGUAGGCAUCUAACAAGGUUUCAUAGACCGUAGCAGAUCAAUUCUACCUGACUACUAUGCCAUCUUCAAAACAUAAUUAAAAGGAACCAUAAGUGCUGGUAUUAUUCACUUCCCUGUUACGUACAAUGUAAAUCUUCUGAACUGCUUUUUUAAAAAAAAAAAAUAGUAGAAAAAUAAAUAUAAAAAAAGGAAAAUUGUAUUUACAUGUGAUGGGUACUGCAGCAUCAUCAGACCUGCUGGUUCAAGCUUCAGUAACAGAAAAUACCCCUGGUGGGAAUCGUGCCAAGACUUGGCAUCUAUGUAUAAGACUUCCCCGGCAUGUGGAUCUGCCAUACGUGUUCAAGCCCAGCUGGUGGUGCGUCCGUUUGGUCUUCAGGCAACCCCCCUCAUCCCGACAAGCCUCCUUCAUCAACUCUGGAGAGCCCCGAGAUGGUGUUCAGGGAAUCACUGGCCUGGGUGAAGUCUCCAACAGACGAGCACCUACGGCGCUAAAGCACUUCGGCCAAACACUCCUGUCAGGCUGCAAGCACCUUACGAGGAUGGCGAAGGGGCAAAACUACUCUACGGGCCAGCCCAUCUGUGAAUAUCAUCUGACUAGAAAGGCAUUUCUUUCCCUGGGGAAGUUUACGGCCAGUCAGUAAGCACUGUUCGGCUCCCAAGCAGAAGAGAAGACUCGCCUGUAGAGAACAGGACUCCCUGCUUGAAGGCUGGUUCAGUUCUAGCAACUGUUUAUUUUUCAUCUCUUUCAAGCAUAAUUUUCUAAACCCCGUCGUGAACCCAUCAGCAGUAAGCGACAAGAAUGUUGAGGACAAGCAAGCAAAACCCAUCUCUUCGUGGUCACUGCAUGGCAGCCGCUCCGCUUGUAGUUUUGUUUUUAGCCCCAAGCCCUGUGACUGUGAGAGCUGCCGCGCGCCCGGCAGCAAGAACCGCUGGGAUUCCCACCGGCUCUGCAGAAGGGACCCACGACAGGAAGGACCGGGGGCUCUGUCCUCUCUGUAUCAGGUGUUUGAAGAACUGAUCCUAAAUUCAUUCUGAGAAAAGUAUUGUGGUACUUGGCCUAACAAAAGGAGUCGGGUGCACUGGUAAGGGUGGUGGGACUUGUCACCGGUCCCCACAGCUGGGGCAUAAGGACAGCAAUUCAGAGGUGUUCUGGUUUGGGUUUAAUUUAUUUUUACUAUAGUGCUUUAACACACAAACUAAGCAGAGCUCAGAGUGCUGGUCACUCUGGGCCUGGUUUACCUGCCAACUUAAGCGUGUGCUUAACAUUAGGUAAGCAUGCUGACAGCCUCACUGCAUUCAAGAACACAUCUGACAGGCUUAAUUGAAGCUGAACAUAUUUAAGUGCUUCUUCUGAACUUAGGCCAGCACCUUCCAGAAUCAAGUCCUUAACUAGUAGAAUGCCAUCAAAUUGGGGCAAACAUUGUCUAGGAUUCCUUCCUAGAUCUUAAAUUAUUAUUCCAUGUUUUGGGCCAGUGGCCCAAAGCACUGUAGCAACAUUACUGUAAGAAGUUCCAGAUUAUUACUUCGGGACAUCUUUUUUUUUUUUUUCUUCUAUAAUAGUUAUUUUGCUUUGACAGUUUGAACAGAGAGGCCAAAGUUUUUUACUACAGUAUUAUUUCUGUUGCUAUUUUUUCCUUUCUCCCUGUCUUCCAUGUACCUACCCAUUCUUCUGUGCUCCCUCUCGCCCUCCCCAAUGCCAUGCCGACAUUGCCCUUCGCUGACUGGGGGCCGAGAAGCCUCUCACACCUGGUCAUUUAGUGGCCAGUGCUGCAUCGUGCCAACACUCCUGCCUCCUCUCAGGCCUCCAUCUCGCUCCUCUGGUGGCAGGAGCAAACCAAAAGGACCUGCCCAUGGAGUUGUUCUAGCACCCAGCCUGCCCAGACGACGCUGGCAGCGAGGCUAACACGCUCCAUUCACGCUUGGUGGUGGUACUCAAUACCUCACAGAUUCGCUCCCCGUCGGGGACAAGCAAAAGCGUUUCAUUCUCAUCUGUGGCCGCCCUUGCACCACUAUGGUUUAUUAGCUAUUAACUCAGAAUUGGCCGUUGCAGGAUGGAAGAUGCUACAAAUGAAAGGAGAAACCAGCUGGCUUCUGGUGCCUCGUUUUUGCAGCAUCGUGCCUCUGACAUGCUACACUUCCCAGACUGGGUAAUGAUUUCUGAGGAAACACACACAGGGACCCCUGUGUCACCAGCUCACAGCUGCUUUAGAUACAAGUCCAUCAAUAGUGAAAGCCUUUCACAUGCCAUGUUAUCAGCUCAGUGCAGCAAAGACAGAGCACUUACCUACUAGCCAGGAAUACACUGCUUUGGGGGUCAUUUUCAUGAAAACCUGGGGUUCAUGUUUGUUAAUUCACUUGCACACACGUGCACGCCUAACAAGACUGCAUCACAGCUUUAAAAAGGGAAAGCAAAACUAUGCUUCUGAGCACAUAUACAUUGUAUUAGGAAAGGGCUCUGCAACCUGGCUGUUUUGAAGAGCAAUGAGCCCUCGUGGUCCCAGUAUGGAUCCCAUACCUGCCCUGGCAUCAUUAGCUUAGGGGUUCCCUGUGAAAGGGAAAGGAGGCCAAAGGAGCAGCGGUGGCAGAAGUCACAGAACUUGGGAGCCUGGUGGGAGGAAAAGGUGAGAUUUUUUUUUUUUUUUUUUUUUUUAAGAUUAAAAUGCAGAGGAAAGGGUUGGAAGUAGCAGACUGCUGCUGUCAGUCUGUUGCCAGUGCUGGAGUCCCCAUGGGAAGGGGCAGUGUCACUCUGGGUACUGGGGCAGGGACCCCAGCCAUGCCCAGGCCUGCCAGGCUGGUAACCUAAAUAAACCCGUGGGCACUGGUUGAGGCACGGAACUGCCGAGUCCUGGGUGAUAGCCAGCCAUUCCCCAGCACCCUGCCUUCAUCUGGAUGGGCCUGAGAUGGGUCUCUGCUGGCUGCUCAGCAAGUUGCCGUGCUCAGCCUGCCUCAGGAUUCGUGCUGGCCCCAGGGCAGCUACAUGCAGCAAUGCUUUUCUCUCUUUUUUUUUAAUUAUGUUAACUCCUGGCUGAGCAGACACCAGGACACAGUGGAAGAACUGCACUGUUUCUCCCAAAUUGCAAGUAAAGCUUACUACUGAAAAGGGGAAGGGGGAGGAGGAAGAAGCCAUAUAAAGUGUUUGGCACUGCAGUCAGCAUCACAGAACUGGCACUUCAUCUGGUUUUACCUUCAGCGGGUCUGUGUAUUUUGCACAGUUAGCCUUUGGCAGGGAAUUCUUCCACAGCCGUUCAGUGCCUGAACACUGCAGCACAACCACCCUUUGCACACCCGCCUCUGGCAUCCGUGGGAAGUUGCAAGCAGGCUGGGGAAUGGCUGGUCCUUUUUUUUUUUUUUUUUUUUUUAAAUCUGUUUUCUUGAGCACUUGUCUUCUCAUCUGUGAAAGCCAUCUCUGUCGUGGCAAAGUAGUGAUCCUGUUGGGGGGCAGGAAUCAAAAACCAAAUAGUCAUGAUUUUACCCCCCUUCAACCUGGAUUAUGUGUAGGACAAAGAUGAUGGCAUUCCUGCUAAGACUCUGUUGACAUCACAGUUAACACCAGUCAUCUUCAUGCAUAUUAGGAGGAGAGUAAUAGUAAUAACGAAGAAAUUACAUCAGGUUUAGAGACUAGGAAAACCAAUGCAGAAAAAAAAUGGCUAUUCAAAUCAUCCAUCUCCAGGGCUGGUAAUGGAGAUAAUAUUCUAGAGUCAAUGAGGAAGAACAUUUUGGUUAUAUUUUACUGAAUCCUGACAGGUUAUUCAUACUUACAAUGUGCAAGUACUGUGACAUCUGUUCUACAGCCUAUGGGAAGCCAAAGUGGAAACCGGGGGUGGCUCAGGAGGCGGCAGGGAUUGAAAAAGCAAUUCCAAAACAUCGAGACAGAAGUUCUGAUUGUUUGAAAAAAAAAAAAGCGAGGGUGAGGAAGCGCCAC